CCAGCCACAGCCACAGCCAGCAGCAACCAACCCAAAAAAAAAAGGGAAUAGAAAAGACCGAGGGCCCCACGAGUCAGUGACCACGAUGCGUCGACGACCGACAUCCCCGAACAAAAUCUCCUCCUCCCCACCCUCGGAAUUCGGGCCGCGCUCCACUAAUCCUCAAUCUCGGUCGCUAAUGGCGUGCUGAUCUGCUGCCCACCGUCGCAUAUAGCAGGACACAGGACGCGCUUUAUUCCCCCCCUGUCCCUGUGUGUGAGCUUCAUCGAAGUUUUAAUCCCAUUCCCGUGCCCGUGCCGUGCCGUCCCUAUCACGCCGGAUCGCCACCCGCUGGCGCUGCCCCCUCUCCCCACCCCACUCCGCCCCACCUCCGCGCCUCAGAUCCACCCCCAAUCCGGCAACCCUAGCGCCGGGUUCCUCCUCCUCGUCUCCGACCGCCGCCUCCGCCGCGCCGCCUCCAUUGCCAGAGGUGAUCGAGGGGGAGAGGGACACAGAGCUUGGGUGGUCGGAUUAGGGAGAGAGAGAGGGAGGGGAGGAUGUCCAGAAGGUCGGUGAACCCGAGCCGGCGGGUGUCGGACGGGAGUCUGCCGUCCGUCGGCGGCCUGUUCCACCCCAAGUCACGCUCGCCUCCCGUGCUCACCAUUGCCCUCGUCGUCCUGGGUGUCAUUCUUCUCAUCGCCUACUUCAACAGCAGCUCAGGUGUAACUGUUACAAGCAGAGAGUCUGUGACCAGGUCUGAAGGUUCUUGCACAUCAGAAGUUAUGCGGGCGCUUCCAUAUCUUAAAAAGGCAUAUGGCAAUGCCAUGCAAAAGGUUCUCCAUGUAGGCCCUGAUAGUUGUACAGUAGUUUCUAAUUUGUUGAAAGAAGGAAAGGUUGAAGCUUGGGGAGUGGAGCCUUAUGAUUUGGAGGAUACUGACAGUACUUGCAAAAGCCUCGUGCGCAAGGGCUUCGUCCGUAUGUCUGAUAUUAAGUUCCCCCUUCCAUACCGUCCAGAUUCUUUUAAUCUUGUUGUCGUGUCAGAUGCUUUAGAUUAUCUGACCCCAAGGUAUCUGAACAAAACGCUUCCUGAUUUAGCAAGGGUUUCCACAGAUGGCCUUGUUAUUUUUGCUGGCAAUCCAGGUCAGCAGAAAGCUAAGGUCUCAGAACUACCAAAAUUUGGAAGACCGGCAAAAUUGCGGAGUUCUUCAUGGUGGACACGAUACUUUGUCCAGACUGGCUUAACAGAGAACGAAGGGCCACUGAAGAAAUUUGAAGAGGCUACAUCCAAGAACAAAUACAAACCAGAUUGUCAGAUCUUCCACCUAAGUUCGCCAAGGUGAUGCGCAUCCACAGCACCUUGGAUUGUUGUCACACCAGUUUUGUAAGCAACAUCUUUGCUUACCCCGCGUUGACUUGCUCAUCUUUCAUGUGGAGGAAUCGUCACACAAACAGAGCCAGCCAUCAGCAAUAGGUUAGCUUAUGUAGAGAGGGAGAGAGGCUUCGACACUUGUUGCUAGAAAUUCAUUCUGGAAAUUAAAUUAUGUGUACCACUUACCAAUGAUUGCAAAUUGGAGCCCGCUGGGAUAUAUAUGUAAGAACUUUACGCUGUUGUACUACUCUGCUAUCCAUGGUGUAUUGGUGUGUCAGGUGUUCACCGAGCAGUUUGAAAUGUACUAAGCUCUUGAUGA